AAUGGUUCUUUCCAGUAAUGGUAGCACCAGCGUGGUGAAGGUGAAGGCAGCGUGUAUAAACAACGAGGAAAGAGUGACCAUUUAAACGGUUACAUGUUGUAACAGCUACCCGUGAAUCGAGAUUUGAAGACCUUUUAGCUUGACCCGUCGGAAAACAGGAGAGACUCUAUAACAAAAUGCCCCAUCGAAAGAAGAAGGCAUUUAUUGACAAGAAGAAGGCUGUGACCUUUCACCUCGUCCACAGGAGUCAAAAGGACCCUCUGGCUGCAGAUGAGAAAGCGCCACAGCAUGUCCUCUUGCCUGCCACAAAGGUGGAAACGGAGAAGAGGCGUGAGGAGCAACGGAAAUUUGGCGUAUUCUUUGAUGAUGAUUAUGACUACCUUCAGCACCUGAAGGAGGCGUCGGGCCCAUCUGAGCUCGUGUACUCUGACAGACAGCCUUUUUCCCUCCAAGAUGAAGAGGAGGAGAAUGAGGGGGGGAAAAUUGUGCACAAGGACAAUCCUGCUUCCUCCAUCAACCUGCCUUCUUCAGUGUUCGCCUCAGAGUUUGAAGAGAAGGUGGGACUUUUGAACAAAGCUGCUCCCAUUUCAGGACCCCGGCUCGACAUGGAUCCGGACAUUGUAGCUGCGCUCGACGAUGACUUUGAUUUUGAGAACCCCAACAACAUCCUGGAUGAUGAUUUCAUCAUCAGAGCAAACAGUGGGACUGGAGCUGUGGACACGGAAGGAGACAGUCAUGAUGAUGAUGAUGACGAGUGGGAAGACACAGAUGAGGAAGGCGACUUUGACUCUGACGGCAGUUUUUCCAGCAACGAGGACGCGCAAGGGGACGGCCGAGGUCGAGAGUUUCUGUUCAUGGACGAAGAGACGAAGAGUCGCUUCACUGAGUACUCGCUGACUUCGUCUGUGAUGAGGAGGAACGAGCAGCUCACCCUGCUGGACGACCGCUUUGAAAAGUUUUAUGAACAGUUUGAUGAUGAUGAGAUCGGUCCUCUGGACAACGCUGAGCUGGAAGGGUUCAUUGAACCAGACAGUGUUCGUCUGGAUGAAGUCCUCAAAGACUACUUCAAACAGAAAGAGAAGGAGUCUCUGAGGCCAGAAGAUUUAGGUCCCAAAGAGCUUCCUGUUGUGAGGGAGGAGGAGGAAGAUGAGGAUGAAGAAGAAGAGAUGGAAACCGUUGUUGUUGAAGCUCCAGAAGAGAAGUGGGACUGUGAAACAAUCAUCAGUACAUACUCCAAUAUAUAUAACAGACCCAAAGUCAUUGAAGAACCUCAAAAGCCAAAGCCGAUCCGUGUUUCCAGUAAGACGGGCAUCCCUCUAGAUGUGCUCCCAGCCAGAGGUCUCACAGCCAAGCAGGCAGAGCGCAUGACGAGAAUUAACGACACAGACCUGCCUCGUGUCUCCGCUCAGCCUCGAAGCAAAGAGGAGAGCAAAGAAGAGAGGAAGGCCAGGAAACAGGCUAUCAAGGAAGAACGUAAGGAAAGAAGAGCUGAAAAGAAAGCCAAUAAAAUGGCAUUCAAGGAGGAAAAAGCCCGGCAGGAGAAGCAAAUGUUGAACCUGAGGACAAAUGUUCAAGGCCUGAAGCUUUAGCAGCUGCCUGCCAGGCCUGUGCCUACACUGACUUUUCAACUGGUCACAUGUUGCUCUUCACCUCAGUGGAGCUGACAGGACAGGAAAUGAUGGCAAAUGAGAGGGCUGAGGGGGAUGUUGGGAAGUUUUGGUUUCCCCAAAUCAUCCAAUUCAUUCAGGAAAGAGCAAAAAUUGAAUUUCAUCUCCAGUAAUCCGGCUCAGGAUGUCGUGCUGUUGAAGGAAUACUGAAGGACAGGCUGUCACGCUUCAGUCAUGCCUGUCAAAUAUGAAUUUUGCGCCUUUAUUAAAAAUACUUAAAUCCAGGUUUCUGAUAUUCUUUCUUUAAAUCUUGUCAUUCUGUACUUUUACCACAGAUGAUAAGGUGGAUGACUCAGUGCUGAUUGUGUGUUAACCAUAAUAAAAUUAAUAUUGCUGCUUAGAUAUGAUUAUUAUUAUCAUCAAUUUAAAAAAACUCACUGUAUAUAAUGUUUAACAGGUCUGCAUUUUAGUUGUACAGUUACUUUCUUAUGGGCCUGUUUGUCUCAUAGUGAAUGAGAUGCGUCCGGUCUGAAGAGCCGAGAUUUAAGUGUGAGACAAGUUUGUACGAGUACUUUCUGAGCAUUUUUAUAAUGAUUAUAAUUGUAAUUUGGUCACUAUAUGAUGUUAUGAAAUAAGCUUACAUUGUGCACAGGCACAUAAGCUUUAUCGAACUUAAGAUACACAUUUAAUACUUCUCUAAACUAUUGCUGUAAAUACAAUAUGUUUAUCUUUUGUGCAUUUCAUAAACUUUAAAUUUUGUACUAAUUCAUAGGUUUUCACUGAAGGGCUGAGAUAUCAACACAUUUAGCAUAAUUAAAAGAAAAAAAAACAACAACAUUAAUUCAAUUGAAUUAAACUGUUUGAUUGCUACACAAGACUAAGUCCUUCUGUGCUGUUGUAGAUCCAACUAAUGACCAGCAGGAGCUGAUGAAGCGUCCAGAAGACUGUUCACUUUUCACUGCAUAGCUCUGUAGUUGAAACAGGAGAAAGUGCGUCCUCCUCUUCAAACAGAGAUGAGCUCUGACGCAGGCAGGCUGGAGGCGGCCUGCUCAUCAAGCAAAACACGGAUCAGCUUCCAGCACAAAUUUUACUAACAUUGCUAUGGCAACUUGUUUGCUAGCCACAUGUCUAAACUGAGCUGUGAGCAACAUGUAAGGAUAACUGGAGGUGGAGUAUAAACAAGAAUAAUUUAGAGGGUUUUGAGAGUUUUAUUUUUAUGUCACUUUAAACGCCUAACCUGCAACAAUAAAGGAAACGCACUUCUCUCCACGC